AUGGGGUAUAUAGUUACAGUCAAUGACUGGCCUAUGCAUGUUUUCAAACCUCUGAUGCCAAGACUGAGUAAUCUAAUACAAGCUACUUAUAAUAGAAGUGCAGGUUUUGCAUAUAUGCAUUCCUCAUGGUUAGCUGUGCUAUUUGAAAGAACAUUCAAACAUGACAGUAAAAACACAGUUGUUAAAUGGGCAUUAUUAGAAUUCCUCACUCUUGAUUUCACACUAUGUCCCCUGCUGAAACAAGGUAAUAGUAAGUUCUUACAUGGUGCUGUGAUGAAAACAAUGAAUGAAAGCACAUUGUAUGCCCGUAUACAAAGCACUGAUCAGACUGAUGGCAGAGGAACUCUGUCAUCACCAGUAGGACACGCUGUUAUUGGCUACUUUAAGUCAUGUGUUAAUGCACUGGAUACAGAUAUUGAUAAAGUUGAUUUUAUUAAUGGAUUACUGGUAGCAAUGGCUAAUCUGGGUGGUUGGGGUAUGGUUCCUAUGAUAUACACAUCACAAGCCUUGGCCAAUAUACCAACCUGUAAAGCAUGGAAUUGGACAUCUCUGAAAAUUGUAAGAGAGAUGUUAACACUUGGAUAUAAAACAUUACCUAAUCAUCUACGAGGUGCUCUAUCAUAUUACCUGGUAGAAGGUGUAUUGAAUCUAAUGAACACAUCUCAAGUAACUUUACAGCAGUUUGCUGUUAUCAUAGGAACAUUAGAAACUUUACAAAGAGGAUCCCUGAUGUGGGUGAAGUUGCAAAAUUGGUUAAAAGCAAAUGGACAUGAAUUUCACAGGUCGAGUGAUUCCCUGUCAUUAUCUCAAACAUUGCACAACGAUGUAGUGAAUUGUCUCAGUGAGAAAGAAAAUGACAAUUAUGGCGGCAGUAUUGAUGUUGGAUAUCUUGCUACAGUGAUAUUGUUGUGUUCAGAUGCUCAUUUCAGUAUGGAUUCCCCUGAGAAAGGUGUAUUGGAUGGUUCCCCUGAUGAUUACCCAACACCAUUACACAUGAUAUUACAACCAAUGCAUAGUAUACUGUGUAAAUUAAACAGCCAUGCAUAUCUAUGCAGUGUGAAAGCACACCAUACAUUACAAUUAUUAUUGGCUUUACUCAGAGAAAUCCAUGGAUCAAAGCAGCAGACGGAGACAUUCACAGACCAGAGCGUUAUGGUGAUAGUCAACAUCAUUGAAACAAGUCUUGAGGAAACUCUUGCAUACAUAAUGAGAAAAAUCACCAUGGAAACUAAUAAUUUAACUGAUGUUAUACAGUUAAAUGUAUAUGUAGAAAUCAUAGAUGUAUUAUCUGAAUUGAGUCAGUGUGGUGUGUUUGGUGAACAUACUAUGUAUACAUUACAACGUACUCUAGAUAAAAUGAGCCAAAUAUCAUUAGAUACAUUGAACACAGAGACAACUCAGGACAAAUCCAGUGAAUGCCAAAUACCUAAAAUCAUUGGUAUGAAUUGUCUGUACUGUGUGUGCAGUCACUAUGGCAGACUGAGAGACAAAGGUGGUGAUAUUCCUUCUAAUAUUACAAAGAACCUCACAGAUAUCCGAUUGAAUCAACGAUUUGAGAGACCAGUUGGUGACAUGGAAGUCAGUAAACAAGAUCUUGGAAAGCUGAUAUCUUUAUUCGAGGAGAAAAAAUGGAAUUGUGUUUUCUUCUUGGAGCACAACUAUGGUUCAUCUUGGAGUGUUGAAAGAUGUGUUGCAUUGCUGGGGGAAGCAUUGGAUGUGCUCAGUAUAGUUGGUGGGACAGCAGUAUUACCCUUGAUUGAUUCCAUGAACAUGUUGAUAAAAAGGGUGAUUAAUGUACAACCAAGUGUAUGUGUAGAAUGCAUGAAUGUGACUUGGAGUAUGGUUUACGAUAUACGAGCAGAUUCCGCUUUGUUCUGGCAAGUAAUUGAGAAAUACACUGACAUGGCAUUCCAGGAUUGUAUUCUCUCCUCACCACCUAUGACAGAUAUAUACAAGGCAGUCACUGAUAUUUCUAGAAACAUUUUUGAAUUAGCUGAAAUCAAAUCCGGUGUGCUUCACAUACUUAUUGAGAAAUAUUGUGAGUAUUUAUUAUCAACAACCACAGACACUACAAAGGAUAUCCUGAACCAUGUAGAACUCUUAGUAGAAGCUUGUAUUUUUGGACCUAUACAGAGAAAAGACCAUAGAGUUAUCCAGGAAGCUUUAUCAAUAUUGACUAAGAAUUCAGAUGGUAAACCUGCCAGUGAAAUGCUGCAGAGUAUGCGGAAACCUGAUAACCAUGUUAGAGUAUUAGCCAUUACAACACUCUCUCUGUUAAUACAAAGACAGCCGUCUAAUCUGCCGUUACUUGUGAAGAAACUAGCAGAUAGUUUAUUGGAUAAGUCAGUUGCCGUGACAGCAAUGCGUAAACAAUAUCAGUUAAAUUCUAUGCAGCAUCGAAUCAAGCAAAGAAUCUGGCAAACUAUGUUGAUAUUACAACCAGCUUUUGAUCAGGAUGCCAGUGAAUAUAUGUUGACAGAAGCCAUGAAAUCAUUACAGACUGACAGUCAACUUUCAAUUAAAAACCUCAUUGAAUGGUUUAUAGCAUUGACAUUGUAUAAAUACCCUCAAUUCCUACACUUGAUAUGGGAUAUGUUCAACAAUGAAUCACAGAGGAAAACUGUAGGUGUGAUGACUUCUCUGAUAUCGAUUAUAACCAUAUUAGGACCAGUUAUCAAAUGCAAGCAACAUCAGGUGAGUUCAUUAUAA